AUGGCUGACCAGGACGUGGAUUUGGAUUCUAUCAUCGAUAGACUGUUGGAAGUGAGGGGCAGUCGGCCUGGAAAACAAGUGCAGUUACUAGAAUCUGAGAUUCGUCAUUUGUGUACCAAGGCACGAGAAAUUUUUAUCUCACAGCCCAUACUUCUCGAGCUUGAAGCGCCUAUCAAGAUUUGCGGUGAUAUUCACGGUCAAUACUACGAUCUCCUACGUCUGUUCGAAUAUGGUGGCUUCCCUCCCGAGGCAAACUACCUCUUCCUUGGAGACUAUGUCGACCGUGGCAAGCAGUCCCUCGAGACCAUCUGCUUGUUGCUUGCGUACAAGAUCAAAUAUCCCGAAAACUUCUUCAUUCUCCGUGGUAACCACGAAUGCGCGUCGAUCAACCGUAUCUACGGAUUCUACGAUGAGUGCAAGCGCCGAUACAACAUCAAGCUCUGGAAGACCUUUACCGAUUGCUUCAACUGCUUGCCUAUUGCCGCCAUUAUCGACGAGAAGAUCUUCACUAUGCACGGAGGCUUGAGUCCGGAUCUCAACUCUAUGGAGCAGAUUCGCCGAGUGAUGCGUCCCACUGAUAUCCCCGAUUGCGGUCUGCUUUGCGAUCUCCUGUGGUCCGACCCCGACAAAGACAUCACUGGCUGGAGCGAGAACGAUCGAGGUGUUUCGUUUACGUUUGGACCAGAUGUUGUGUCUCGGUUCUUGCAAAAACACGACAUGGACCUGAUCUGCCGAGCCCACCAAGUCGUCGAAGACGGUUACGAAUUCUUCUCAAAGCGACAAUUAGUGACCUUGUUCAGUGCGCCCAACUAUUGCGGAGAAUUCGACAACGCUGGCGCGAUGAUGAGCGUGGACGAGAGCUUGUUAUGUUCAUUCCAGAUUCUCAAACCAGCCGAAAAGAAACAAAAGUUCGGACGGAAAUAA